AUGGCAGAGGCAAACCCUGGCUGGGAGGGCCCCGGCCAUUUCUGGGGGAGAGGCAGAAACAUCUUGCGCAAGCGGAUCCUCCCACCGCAAAGCGUACCAAGUGUAGAGGACGCAUGCCAGUACUCCCUCGCUUGUCGUGUCCUUGAUCUGAUCCCAGCCACAAGGAUCUGGGGAGAGGGACCCAGCAGCAGCCAUCUCCAGGCAGAACGGAAAACGAAGAAGAAAAGAGAGAAAUCAUCCUCUUCAACGAACAGUCCGGAUUGA